AUGAACUUCAGAUAUUUUGCCGAUGGUUCUGUAGGUGUUUCGCUGGAUGAGACGACGAAGCCGUCUGAUCUUGUGGACCUGCUCUAUGUCUUCAACGGUGGCACGAAGCUGUCUGAGAACGAGGUGGCGAACAUCGUUGCAGAGCAUGCAUCUCCUCUUAUUGGAAACAGUCAGCAUGCUAGGACAAGCUCCUACCUUGAACAUCCGAUCUUCAACAGUUACCAUAGUGAGGCUCAACUCGUGCGGUACAUCAAACGGCUCGAGAACAAGGACGUCUCCCUGGCUCAUUCCAUGAUUCCGCUCGGAUCGUGCACUAUGAAAUUGAACGCCAGUUCGCAACUUAUUCCGAUCACAUGGGAUACGUUUAAUGGUCUUCAUCCGUUCGCACCAGUCUCACAGGCGGCAGGCUACCAAAAAAUUUUCAACGACGUGGAACGAUGGCUUCUUCAACCGAAUUCUGGCGCCAACGGCGAAUACGCCGGUUUGCUUACCAUCCGAAAGUACCACAUCAAGAAUGGACAGGAGCAACGAAAUGUCUGUCUCAUUCCAACCUCGGCACAUGGCACGAACCCUGCUUCAGCUCAUAUGGCCAACAUGAGAGCGGAGAAGUACAAGGACGAGUUAUCCGCAAUCAUGGUGACUUAUCCGUCGACACAUGGUGUCUUUGAGUCGUCGAUUCGUGAUGUGUGCGAUAAGGUUCACGAAUAUGGUGGUCAGGUCUAUCUCGAUGGAGCAAAUAUGAAUGCUCAGGUCGGCUUGUGUCGUCCGGGUGAUGAUACGGCAGUGACGUCUCGCAUCUUAACCUACACAAGACCUUCUGCAUACCACAUGGCGGUGGUGGACCAGGCAUUGGUCCCAUCGGAAAAGAAGCACUUGGCACCAUUCCUACCUGGACACCCAGUGAUUCCCGUGGAAGGACGACAAGACGGUGCUGUUGCCGGUGCACCCUGGGGAUCAGCAAGCAUACUGCCGAUCACAUGGGCUUAUAUCCGCAUGAUGGGCCAUAAAGGUCUGAAGAAAGCUUCACAGAUGGCUAUUCUUAACGCGAACUACAUGGCCAGACGAUUGGAAGGAGCGUAUCGUAUUGUAUACAAAGAUGAACAAGGCCUGGUAGCUCAUGAAUUCAUUCUCGAUUUCAAACCGUUCAAAAAAUCAGCUGGUAUUGAAGUAGUAGAUGUCGCUAAGAGACUGAUGGACUACGGCAUUGACAUUGAAGGUUUCACUUCACCGACGAUGUCUUGGCCAGUACAUGACUGCUUGAUGAUUGAGCCCACGGAGUCUGAGGAUAAAGGCGAAAUGGAUCGAUUGGUGGAGGCACUGCUAUCGAUUCGUGAAGAAAUUGCGAUGAUCGAGAGAGGAGAGCUGGAUAAGGAGAAAAAUCCACUCAAGAUGGCUCCUCACACCUUGGCCAAAGUGGCAUCCAACAAUUGGGAUCUGCCGUACUCGAGGGAACUGGCAGCAUUCCCGAAGCCAUGGUGUCAUCACAAAUCCUGGCCAACAGUCGGACGAAUCGACGAUCAGUACGGUGACCGAAAUCUCGUCUGCACCUGUCCACCAAUCGAAUCCUACCAGUAG